AUGGAUACGAUGAUAAGCGUGUGGACGAUGGUGGAGCACGUGCGGGUGGCCAGCGGCGCCGCCGAGCUCGCCAUCUUCACCGCCAUACUCUACUGGUUCUUCACCUCCAGUCGUGUAGCCGACAUGUUAGAGGUGGUCGGCGAAAGGGUGGGGGGAUGGUGCGGUCGCGACACAAGCAGCUCGCUCAGGCAAGCCGUGCGCGCGCGCAAACGACAACAAGAGUACUCCAAACUGGAUAGUACUGCUAACUGCCGCAAGUCAUCGCUGUUCAGGAUAAAGGAAGGUCCCGUGAUCCCGGCCCCAGAACCGCAACUCAGACCACCUUCAGGACUAGCGUGUGGGAGAUGUGCACCGGUUUCUAGGGAAUCAUGGCAGGACCACAAAGUAAGAGACACGGGUGCAGUUAUCAACAUCCUGGACAUCGGACGGCAGAACUUCGCGAACGGAGGCGUGGUCUCCCGCUACCUCUGUGACUUGGCACAAUGCUGCAACCUUUGCGCAUACGACUAUAAGGAUGUUGUUCCUAAUGUUGUUAAAGACGAGAGCGUAGCACAGGCAAUAGAAGAGGCUACACAAGAAGAAUUAGCGAAGGCCAAAGAGAACGGCCAGAGUGGCGCUUCGUACGCCACCAUACGGAAGCGGGUGGAAGCUCGCGCCUUGAAAGUAGUACAAGACAUCAGCUCCGCCAUGUCCAAUAAUGUGCUCAAAUUCGUAGCCUGGGUAUGUCACAAAGCUGUACGAAGAGUAGCGGGCGGUGGAUGCGGCACUCGUGUCGCCGGAGUGGAACGUCUCCGUCGGGCCAACGCAGCCGGCCUGCCAGUAGUCUUCGUACCUCUCCAUAGAUCUCACUUCGACUACAUCCUCAUGACGUUUACCCUGUACCUUACUGGACUGAGGCCUCCGCUAGUUGCUGCUGGUGAUAACAUGAGGAUCCCAUUCUUUGGAUGGUUCCUACGAGGUUGUGGUGCGUUCUACAUCAGACGAAGAGUGGAAGGUUCAGAGUAUCAUGGCGACCCCACUUACAAAUCAGCUCUUAGGGCAUACAUUCUAAAUAGUUUGUCAGCUGGUAAUAACCUGGAAUUCUUCAUCGAAGGAGGUCGUACUCGAACUGGCAAACCUCAGACACCUAAAGCGGGCAUCCUAUCAGUGAUAAUGGACGCGUAUCUAGACGGGACAAUAGACGAUGCCCUCCUAGUGCCUGCCACGUUGAACUAUGACAAACUAGUCGAUGGUAACUUCGUACGCGAACAACUGGGCAUGCCCAAACAAAUGGAGACGUUCUGGUCUGCUCUCAGGGGUAUCUGGAGAACGCUGAACACCAACCAUGGAAGCAUCAGAGUGGAUUUCAAUCAACCUAUUUCUUUGAAGGAGCUAGUAACAUCAUUCCAGAAGUACCAGCAUUACAAGGCCCCAAUAGAGACCUGCUUAACCCCUCCCAACAACAACUUGGCAGUAAACCUUGAUAGACAGAUCUUGUACAACCACAGUCAUUCCAGUUUGUAUGGAGCUGAUGUUAGCACCGACCAUAAGAUGAUGGUCGAGGCUAUUGGCAGGCAUUUGGUAUAUGACGCGGCGCAGGCGACGGCGCUGAUGUGUACGAACGUGGUGUCGUACGUGGUGCUGUGCGAGGCGCGGCGCGGGCUGCCAGCCGCCGCACUGGCCGCGCGGCUGGCCGCGCGCACCAGGGACCUCGCCGCCGCCGGACGGGACCUCGCCUACACCGGGGACGCCGCCACCGCGCUCAGACACGCCUUGGAGAUGCUCGGCCGUGGCCUGAUCCGUCGUGAAGGCGAUAUAAUCCGCCCCGGCACUAGCAUCGCAGCCCAGCUAGAGCUGGCGUACUACGCCAAUACUGUCGUAGCGCACUACGCCGCGCCUGCCAUCGUCGCGACGGCCCUGGAAAGUUUGAUCUGUGCAUCGUCAUCAACAGAGUUCCGUCAAUCAGAACUAGUCAGCGCAUCACUACAACUAUGUGAAGUACUAUCCCAUGAGUUUAUUAUCUGUGCACCGUGCCAGAGGAUCCAGGAUCAAAUCCUGGACGUCAUCGACUCGUUGGAGUCACAACAGCUUAUAAUCAAGGAUAAGUCGGAUGCGGUACUAGAGGAGCAGCAAUGGUCGCGUCGCAUGGCGCGCCGCCUCGAGGGAGACGACGACGACGACCGGCCCGACCCCACCCAGCGGGUCACCUACACCGUCUCCGACAAACCUGAAGCCGUCGCCGAGAGACAAAGACUCGUCCUAACGCUCCGGCCGCUACUGGAGGCGUACUCAGUGACGUGCCGCCACCUACAGGCGGGCACCAUGAAAGAUGUCGUCAAGAACUCACUCGACUCACUCACUGAGGACUUUACACAAAAUAAAAUGCUCUACGGUGAAGCAGUAUCUACAGACGCGAUCCGCAACUGCCUCCGUCUACUGCGGCAGUGGGGCGUUAUCCACGUGUACACGGAGGGCAAAACCCGAGCCGUGCGUAUAGCGGAGCCCUACGCCUCCGCCUCAGCACUAGAAGACGUCUGCCACAACGUACACAAGUUCAACAUGAACACCCCACUACUAGAACCAAGUAAUAAAUAA